CUGAAACAAACGGGAAAAUUUUGAUAUUGCGGUAAUCAAAAUAGGCCUUAAAAAGUGGCUUGGGAUCUCGAUAUGUGUGGUCUAAAACCCACUCUAUGAUGGGCGACUGUUGCCAAGAGAGUGAACUGUACGCACCUGAAAAGAAAAAGAAACUCCGCAAUGGCAGCUGCAAUAGAUUGGCAUUUUGACGUUGUUGACAAGACCAGACAAGGACGACAGACCUUUCAUAUGAGACGCGACCACUGAUACACUGUACCUGAAAAAGCUGUUUCCACCAUCUUGUUGUUGUACUAACAAAAGAGACUUUUUGCAAAGCGCAUAAGAUCAUGCAUUAGCCCCCUUCCCUCAAAUUAUAUUUACAAAUUGAAAAAUUGAAUGAAAUAGAUCUUCCUUUGUAUAUAAAUAUCAGCUCGUCAUUAUUUAAUUCUUGUAAGUGGCAUUCAUGCAAUAUAGCCGACAGAAAUCUUGCCCUAAUUGGUUAGACUCAAGGACACACGCUUUCGGGAAGAUUUCCACUUCCAAGCAACCAAAGCCUUAGCAAAUAACUGGUUACUGUAAUUAUUCUUCGCGGUAGAAUUAGUAUUCUUCCUCAGUCGUAACUCUGCUUGUGCCAGCGUUACCUAAAGGAAGUCAAGCUAUAUAGAGAGAGCAAAAAAGUCCACUGUCAAAUGGGUGACGUUCAUUGCUUGUUCCUUAUGGUCCUUGUCCUGUACUUUCCCUUACGUGCUCGAGCUGGUGCUUUAAAGAAUGGCGACGUAAGCAAUGAUGUUACAGCCAAGAAAGCCGGUCCUUUCGAGGCUGUAGAUAUGAUCAACUUGUUCAGAUCUCCAAAUACCAUGGGAAAAAGAAAAUUAUUACAAAGAAGAGCGAAAAAGAAAUUCGCUAAAAUUCUCAGAAGGAACGAUAGCGCAGGUUGUUCAAGCAAAUCCGAAAGGUCGGACCACGCCGAAGACAAUUUCGAAACUUCGGAAUACGCUGAGGCUGUUUACGACAGCCGAUUCAAUUCGGAUGACACGUCGCGCUAUUCGUCGAAUGGUUCAGAUGAUUACAAAAGGUCCAGUGGUUCAGGCACGGAUUCUGAAAGGUGCUGUAAUGGAUGCCCGUAUUAUGAUCCAAACGACCAUGACGAUACAGAUUACUGAUAGAGACAACUCGCCUUAUGUUUUUUUUAACGCAAUAAUUUUUCCUCUUUAUCCGACAGAAAACUUGUUCCUUCAUUUUGCGUCAGUGUGAGUCUAAUCUUUGGCAAAAUAGCUAUGAUCUGCGCCCUCCAAUUAUACAAUUAAAUUUUGGCGCCUCCGAUGCAGUGAUCUUUUGUUCAAUCUUUUGUAGGUGAAAGAUUGUUAGUG